CGUGCAGUUCGCGUCUCUCGCACAUGCACGCGCAGCGCGCACACGCGUAAUGUGAUUACGCCUCUAUUAGCCCUGCACGCGCGCAGCUGAGCGGAGCGCUGGCGACGGAGCGCGGUCUUCACACGCGCCGCCGAAGAGAUGCGAGGAAUUAAUGGUGCAGUUUUUCUCACGCAGAGCCACUUCAAAAACAGAAGUCACACUCCGAGGAACGUUUCUUGGAUGGUUUAAUAAGUUUGUGGGUCGUGUUAGGCUUUUUGUACUAAGAUGAAAAUGAAAAAAAAUGGCACCUUUUGUCUUCAGUAAUAUGGAAAAAAUGAACCGCCAUCAACCAAAAACAUAAUUUUAGUUGUGAGAGGAAGAGAUUGUGAUUCUCAACAAUGAGUUGUGGCAAUUCGACCAAUGGGACAGGUACAUACACCUUGCUGGUGGCCCUUCCUAUGACCGUCCUGGUGGGGUUUCUCAUCCUCCUCAUUGUCUUUGGCAAUGUGCUGGUGAUAAUCGCAGUGUUUACGAGCCGAGCCCUUCGGGCUCCCCAGAACCUCUUCCUGGUGUCGCUGGCCUCUGCUGAUAUAUUGGUGGCUACUCUGGUGAUGCCGUUCUCGUUGGCCAAUGAGCUGAUGGGCUGCUGGGCCUUUGGGCAGGUUUGGUGCGAAAUCUACCUGGCCUUGGAUGUUCUCUUCUGCACGGCCUCUAUCACUCAUCUGUGUGCCAUCAGUCUGGACAGAUACUGGUCGAUCACGCAAGCCAUCGAGUACAACCUCAAACGCACGCCGCAACGAAUCAAGCGAAUUAUUUUUAUAGUCUGGAUCAUCGCUGCCGUCAUAUCCUUCCCACCUCUGAUUACCAUGACGAAGGAAGAGGGCAAUGACUGCAAAAUCAACGAAAAAACAUGGUACAUUGUUUCCUCUUCCAUCGGCUCGUUUUUCCUGCCUUGCAUCAUCAUGGUCCUCGUAUACAUUCGAAUUUACCAGAUUGCCAAGAAAAGGACCAGAGCGCCACCUGGGGACAGGAAAAUAAAGGAAGCGGGGAAGAAGGAGAGCAAUCUGGAGAAGGAUCUUCAUAAGAAGCACAACGGGAAUCCGAACCCUAAACUGGACGACAAGGGUGAGAUAAAUGGCAUGGACAUGGAGGAGUCGUCCUCCUCUGACCACAAGGUCUCCAACCCUUGCUCCCUCAAGAAGAAGAGCUCAAAAGGAAAGACUAAGCUGUGCCAAAUCAAACCAGGGGAUGGCGACAAGCACGACGUCAUUCAGGCCACCAAAACCAGCAGGUGGAAGGGCCGCCAAAACAGGGAAAAGCGUUUUACGUUUGUUUUGGCGGUGGUCAUUGGCGUGUUCGUCAUCUGCUGGUUCCCAUUUUUCUUCACCUACACGUUGAUGGCAUUUUGCAAAAAAUGCGUGCCAGAAACGCUUUUCAAGUUUUUCUUCUGGUUUGGCUACUGCAACAGCUCUCUCAAUCCCAUUAUAUACACCAUCUUCAAUAAUGACUUCCGAAGAUCCUUCAAGAAGAUUCUUUGCCGGAGAGAUAACAGGAGAGUGGUGUGAACUGGGUUGCCGUGCGUUUUUUCUUCCAUUUUACCUAACCCAAUAUAUCACAUGACGUUUAUAGGAAGUCCCUGUGUAUAGUAAACCAGCAUGUUGUGUCAUUAUACAACAAGAAGAAAAAAAAACAACACCCUUACAUGCUUUGUACAAAUGCAACAAUUCAUGGUUAUGCAAUUACAGCACAAUGCAUAUUCAUCCAUUUCUGAAGUGUAUCGUUGUAUCGUUCUUGAUGUAUAGUGAGUGGUGUAGUUUCAUAACUCUAUUAUUUUGUCAUCUGGAGGGACUUAUUCGAAGACGACGCAUCGAUCGCAAACCAUGCUGCACGUUGUUUAAAAUGUGAAAAACGUUUCAAAAAGGAUUACCAAACUUGGCCUUCAAACUUCACGAGCGUGCUGCAAAACUGUCAAACAACACCACAACUUGCAUGUCGAUGUGUUCUUGCAGGGUUUGUUUAUUUCACUGACAUAUUGUAUGAUUAAUUGUGAAGGUGUUGAUAUUGUUUGGUGGGCUAAUUGUCUUUUUUUUUAUUCCUGCCAGUAACGGUUCGUUUAAAAUCUUGCCGUGGACCAUUAAGCUAAAAGAUGUUGAGCUCGUCUGACUGGAACCUGACAGGCCGGUGUCACAACAUAUUUCUCCAGCUUCUGAUGUAGUUUAUAUCUGUCACCAUAGAUAUAAUGGAUGGAUCUUUAGUACCACAACAAAAGGGAUAGUUACAGUCCAUGACUAAUAAACUGUUUGAUAAACAGGCUGCUGGUUUAACUGGCAAAUUUGUAGAAAUUCACAGCAAAACGAUAAAAAGAUAUCAAAUGACAGACAAUAGAGUUUCUCCAGGUCUUGUGGAGGUCAGGCCUAUUUGCCGUAUUGUUUUUUUUUCCCCUCAUGAUGCGUGCGGUGACCUGAGAUAUCCAGUUGUAGAGAGACGGAGCGAAUGUCCAGUCCAAUUGCCAGAAUGUCGAAAACAAACGUCUUGAAUGACAUCUAAAAACUACCUGUCACUGUGCGUUAUUGCCAUAUCUGAAAAACCUAAUCAUGAUGUAUGACUCACUUUCGAUAUAUUUGGCUGUUUUCUGGUUGUGCUCUCAACGUGUUUAACCACGGAGGUCUGAAAAAAAAAAUGUGUUUGCGCACGCAAAGAGAGAAGACACUCAAAAAAAAUAAAAAAUAAAUAAAUAAAAAGUGCAGAGCCGUUUUUUGUCUGUUAUCAUUCUGGAAAGGCAACUUGAGAAUUUUAUGAAAAGCAAAGCUUUGCUUAUGGUAUCAGACUCUGAAAGAGUUGAAAGUAUCUUCACAGAGGCAAAAUUGUGUUUACCCCAAUGCUUUCACAAACGCAAGGAAAAUAUUGACUGUGAUAAACAUCAGAAUACACACAGUUUUAAAAGUAUAUAUAGCAAUGUCGGUAGGGCAGGGUCAGUAGGGCAGUCAGGGCCAGCAAAGCCUUCUCUGCUGGCCUAAACAUGAUCAGAAUCCCAAAAUAUUUUUCCAUGAAUGUGUAUUAAAUGAUCUUCAGUAGUCUUUAUUUCAUAGCUUUUCUCUUGGUCGUGUCGCUUCCAGUAGUGUAUGUUUAUAUAUCUUUUAUCCAAUCAGAUUUCAGCAAUCGUGUUGCCACAGUCAGAAAUCUGCCUGAGGUCUUCAAAAUCAGCUUAAAAUCAAUAGCAGUGAAAAUGUUGGAUUAACCAAUCAGAUAUCGAGGUGGGCCAUCUAGCAGGUUUACGAUAACAACAGCAUUUUCUCGUCCUUUGAUUGGAUGAUCAGAGAGCGUACCAGUCAAAGCUAGCAAAUGCAUUUGUUUUCACAGUAUUACUGUUUCUUGACUUUCAUACAGUAUAUGCUGUGUACAGUGUGUUAAUGUAGGUUUUCAGUGCAUUCUGAAUAAUAUCCGCCUUCAGUAGUACUGAAUGACCUCAAAAAAGCACGAAACGCACCUUCUCAGCACCUCUGGGAAAGACAAAAAGCCGCUAUGGUGGGAUAAAUGCCACAUAUGCUUUAUGUGUUGUGUUCUGAUGUGAUACGCAAGAUAAAGAAAACAGGUUUAAGUUUCUGUAAGAAUGUCUCCGAGUCGAGCUGUGCUCCGGCACACCAGCGGGAGACUCCAUGUGAUGAUGAGAGUCAUAGUAGUAAGUUAUGUUAAAAAAACAUAACAUUAUGAUUUACGUACCCUCUGUAUGAAUCAUUUUAAUGGUGCUUGUUUUAAGUGGGUUUCUAACUUUAUUAAAAGCAUUCAUUUUUACUAACGUUA